UUCUGACGGCGCGGGCACCGCGGUGGUAGUGGCGGUGUUAGUGGUGGUGGUAGGCGGCCGUGUUGAGGUGCGUGGGGGAGGCGAUACACUCGAAAGCCUUGGGACUCGAGACCUGGAUUGGGACCUGGGACCUGGCAGUCGCCUUCAACGGAGGGGGGGGAGCCCCCCUAUCGCUUGCCAACCGUCCUGAUCGGAGGUGCGGGGCAACCAGAGACGAGGCGCGGGAAGGCGGCAGCAGCAGCGCAGCACCAGCCACGUGGCAGCGGUGAGGAGCCGGCGCCACCAGCAAUUGCCCCGGCACCAAAUCGCAUCGAGCGCCGCGUUCCGUCCCCCGCGAGCUCCUCCGCCGGCCCCUUCCAGGGCCACCCCCCCCCCCCCCCCCCCGGCCUCCAUCCCUUUCCCAUCGGCGGUGCCGCCGCCAUGAGGAUGGAGGAGGCUCUGAACGUGAAGGAGGCGGAGGUGAUCAAGCUCGUCCUGGACUUCUUGCACUCGCGCAAGCUGCACGUGAGCACGCUGGCUCUGGAGCGCGAGAGCGGCGUCAUCAACGGCCUCUACUCGGACGACAUGCUCUUCCUGAGGCAGCUCAUCUUAGAUGGGCAGUGGGACGACGUUCUGGAAUUCAUCCAGCCACUGGAGGCCAUGGAGAAGUUCCAGUCGAAGAGGUUCCGCUAUCUGGUGCUCAAGCAGAAGUUCCUGGAGGCGCUGUGCAUCAACAAGGCGGUGCCAAUGGAUGAGGAGCCACGCCAGCUGGAGUUCACGGUGGAGGCGGUGGUGCAGUGCCUGCAGUCGCUGGAGCCGUUCUGCCCCAGCCGCGAGGACUACAGCGGCCUGUGCCUGCUGCUCACGCUGCCCCAGCUCACGGAGCAUGCCGAGUUCCGCGAGUGGAGCCCCAGCGCGGCGCGCGUGCGCUGCUUCGAGGAGGCUUGCGCUCUCGUCUCCGACUUCAUCCCGGCCGACCGCAAGCUGAGCGAGGCCGGCUUCCGCGCCAGCCCCGACCGCCUGCUGCAGCUGCUCGUCAAGGGGCUGCUGUACGAGGCUGCCCUGGAGCUGUGCCAGGCGCAGGCCACGGGCGAGCCGCUGCUGGGCGACGCCGACGUGCUGCAAGGCGUAGACCUGCUGAGUGGGAACGGCUGUGACGAGAUGGACCCGAGCCUGCUGUCGUGGCUGCGCUGCAUCCCGGCGGAGACGUUCUCCUGCGCCUUCGAGCAGAAGACGCUCGCCGUGCAGCUCGACCGCCUCGUGCGUCCCGUCAAGGCCACGCUGUCCGACCUGCUUACCCCACUCAUGCAGAAGCUGUCCCCGUUCCCCGCGUCCCCGCUGCGCCGGCGCCCGCAGUCGGCCGACACCUUCGCGAUGUCGCGCUCGCUCACCCCGGCGCUCGACGGCCUCGCGUGCGGCCUCGCCAGCCACCAGCAGCAGCUGCUGCUGGUGGCCGGACAGCGGCACGCCGGCGCCGGACCCUCCGCGGGCCUCCGCGGCCCUCCCGGCAGGGGCUCGGGUCCCGUGGACGACAGCGGCGGCUACGCGGGAGGCCGGUCGCUGCCGCCGAUGACGCCGCCGGCGCCGCCUGCCGCGCUGUCGCGCUCCUUCGCCAGCUUCCACUACCCCGGCGCCCUCGGCCGCAGCCUCAUCCCCGAGAGCCCCGAGGGGCCCGGCGCCGGCGAGGAGGAGACGGCCCCGGCGGGGCACGACAGGGCUCCGGAAGCCAGCAGCUCAGGACCAGCCGCGGCCGCCCAGCCAGCAGAGUCCCCCGUCAAGGCGGCAGAGCCGCGCGACUCGACGGAGCAGCAGUUUGCCGAGUACUGCCGCCAGCGCCUGCGCUACCAGCAGCACCUGGAGGCGCAGGAGUCCCAGCGCCAGCUCUACCAGGCCAUGCUGCUGGAGGGGGGUGUGGCCGCCACUGACGCCGCCCCCGCCCACCCCAGCGCGCGCCAGCAGCGGCUCACCGAUCAGUUCCUCAGCCGGUCAAUGCAGAAGCUGGAGGAGAUGACCGUGAGCAUGGAAGGCCUGAGCCCCGACCUGCAGCAGUCACUGGGCCUGGAUCCGGUGACCGCCGAGGCGUUCGCGCCGGCUAGGCCUUCCCACGAGGGCAGCGCCCUUCAGCGCGGCGGCGCUAACGGUACGCGGCCGGGCGCCGGCGACGACGGCGGCGCCGGUGGCGGCGGCGGCGAUCGGCCGGACGUGGAGGCCGGCGGAGCCCAGAGCAGCACGCCGCGGAAAGGCUCAACGCCGACAAGGGUGCCCCGUCCACAGGAGUCGCCCGUGCGAUUCGCUGACAAGCUGGGGGUGUCUGGGCGGCUUGAGGACUCGGGAGGCGCUACCAGGAGCUCCGCGCGGGACGAGCAGGAGAGUGACGACCGCCCCUUUGUGGCGGUGACCACGCUUGAGGACGCUCAGGCCGUGCGCGCCGUCGCCUUCCACCCGGGCGGGCAGCUGUACGCCGUCGGCUCCAACUCGAAGACGCUGCGUGUGUGCGCCUACCCAGACUCCUUCUCCUUCCGUGACGACCAGGAGGUGCGGGCUCCAGCCGUGCGCUUCAAACGCAACAAGCACCACAAGGGCUCCAUCUACUGCGUGGCGUGGAGCCCCCGCGGGGACCUCCUGGCCACCGGCUCCAACGACAAGUGUGUCAAGGUGCUGCCCUUCAGCGCCGACACCUGCAACGCCGUGGGGCCUGACCUGGAGUUCAGCAUGCACGACGGGACCAUCCGUGACCUGGCGUUCCUGGAGACGCCCGACAGCGGCGCUCCCGUGCUGGUGAGCGCGGGAGCCGGCGACUGCAACAUCUACACCACGGACUGCCGGGCCCGCCAGGGCCUGCACGCACUCAGCGGGCACACGGGCCACGUGCUGUCACUGUACGCGUGGGCCGGCUGGCUCGUGGUGUCCGGGGCGCAGGACAAGACCAUCCGCUUCUGGGACCUGCGCGUCCCCUCCUGCGUCAGCGUCGUGGGCACCGCUCUCUCCGGCUCGGCGGGCAGCGCGGUGGCGGCGGUCGCCGUGGACCCGAGCGGGCGGCUGCUGGCGGCGGGGCUGGAGGACAGCAGCUGCGUGCUCUAUGACGUGCGGGGCGGCCGCGUCGUGCAGCUCUACCGCCCGCACGCCGCCGACGUGCGCUCCGUGCGCUUCUCCGGCGGCGCGCACUACCUGCUCACCGGCUCCUACGACGGGCGCGCCAUGCUCACCGACCUGCAGGGCGACCUGACGAAGCCGCUGCCCGUCACGGUGGCGGCCGAGCACACGGACAAGGUGAUACAGUGCCGGUGGCACCCGGAGGACCUGGCCUUCCUCAGCUCGUCCGCCGACAGGACCGUCACCCUGUGGGCCUACAGGGGAUAGGCCAAUUGCGGGGCACAGCAUCGUCGGGGAUAGACCAGUCGGGGCGGCGGGGGGGGGGGGGGGGGGCGGCUUCAACGGGGACGACCAAUCACGGAGCAGUGGUGACAGCGGAGAUAGACCAAUUACAGGCCAGGGAUAUUGGAGGUGGACCGGUUGUUGGGUGGCAUCACCGGGAAUGGGCCAAUCGCGAGGCAGCGCCCGUUGGGGGGAUAGAACGAAUGACGGAGCGGGAUUAGCUAAGAUAAACUAUUUUUUAUUUUACCAGUUAAUGCCGACUUAGCUAUGUAUCUCUGUUUCAAAAGCGACCUGAACGGAGUGGCGUAUAAUGUGGAGAUUGAAAGCAGCCAAAUACUCUAAGCGCACGUUGAUUCUAAAUGUGGAGGGAAACACUAGAGGCCUCAGAAAAAUCCACGCGACCACAAGGAGAGAGAAGAGACAUGCAAACUCCAAAUAUACGGCAGGCGUCGGAGUCGUGCGUACCAGGCGAGGUGGUUAACAUCUCACCAUCGUGGUACCUGAGACGGACCAAUUGGUGAACGGAGCCCUCGGGGAUACACCAAUCAUGGAGUAGAAUAGACCAGCGAUGAUCGUGGGGGAGGGCGGGAAAGUAUUUGAGAAAAGGCCAAUCGGUGGAGAGUACCCCGGUGAGGAUAGACCAAUCACAGUUGCGGUAACUCGGAGGGAACAAGCCAAUUGGUGAAGAGUACACUGUAAGGAUAGACAAAUCACAGUGGCGGUAACUCGGAGGGAACAAGCCAAUCGGUGGAGAGUACCCCGGUGAGGAUAGACCAAUCACAGUGGCGGUAACUCGGAGGGAACAAGCCAAUUGGUGAAGAGUACCCCGGUGAGGAUAGACCAAUCACAGUGGCGGUAACUCGGAGGGAACAAGCCAAUCGGGGGAGAGUACCCCGGUGAGGAUAGACCAAUCACAGUUGUGGUAACUCGUGCCAAUCGGCGGGACAGCACCCAUGAGGGAGAGAGACCAGUCAUGGGAGGGCGGCCGCCCCAGUUGAUUGCGUCGCGCGCUCCGAGUGAACCCCCCACCCCGCUCCUCGACCGAUUUAUUUUUAAACGACGCCUCAAGGCAAAAUAGCGACAUCGCGUCGAGCUGAGGGCGGAAGCAAAGGCUGCUGUGGCAGCCGCGUCGGAAGCGUCACCGACUCGUAACGAACCGACGGCCGACUUAACCCCGCUGUUAACCCUUCCCCAUUUCGACGGCGUGCACGUACGGUGAUGUCCUCCGCCAGUUUUCAGAGGGGGGGGGGGGGGGCCACUUUCGCCUUCAUGACAUCUCGAGUGUGAGCGAGGGCCGCCACACAUUUGAAACCAUUGCGGGUUUGUUUGAGAGCAGCAUGACGACGAUGAUGAUGACGACGACGACGAUGACGCAGGAUGCUUUCACUCUUGAGUGUAUUGUCGGGGAGGACCGCACGUCAGGGGCCGCACUAAAGGCCCCCAGGGGCCGCUGGUGGGCCGCGUGGCCUUGCAAUGAAGAACACCGGUGUGGGUCGUACGUUUUUCUCCCGAUGCCAUGCCGACUAAGUUCACGUAAAAAUGAACCUCAUCGGUGCCCGAGGCUCCCACAAGGCCACGCGGGACGGCGUGUGGCACAGCGUUGGCGCCGGCUGUCGUGGAGUGCGGCGGUCGUGCCGCUACGGCUCCCCGCGGCGAGUAACGACGCCUUUAAAAACAACAGCGCUAACCUACUGCGCCUCUCUGAUUAAGAUUAACGCCGAGCCGCUUGCCGCAGGCGUCUCAGAUCGGGGAAAGGGUGUAAAAGAACUCUUAAUCUCCAUCCUUUACUGGACUACAGCAAAGCACAAACACACACACGCACGGGGCGAUCAACUCGAGAUGAAACGAAUCGCAAAGUUACGGGAAACCGAUAUCGCGACGCGGACAAUUGAUCUCGUGAGCGUGUUGUAUCGUGAACAAAAUUGAUAUCGCGGCCACCGCCUGUUGCACAUCAUUCCUGUCAACACGCCCACCAGUCUCUGUAUGCGCAGUCGGUUCUCCUGUGCCGCCAUGUAGUUUUCAAAACGCGAUGAAUGUAUCGGGGGGGGGGUGGGGGGGGGAACGCAUUGUUUUAUAACGCGGAUGCGAAUCGGAUAGAACACGAAGUAGGAAUAAGUGGUCAGUACGGCUGCCUCGGCGUGGCGUCGCACAAGGCAUUGGGAUGCUGCUGGAUGUUUCUAGAUGCUGCCCACGCGCCUCGGUCUUUGUUCGGCCCGCGUCACGCAUCUCACGCGUUAUCGCUGACUGCGCUUUACCCCUAUGUUAUGUAUUAUUUAUUACAACGCGAUUUUCCCGUCACGCGGCGUUCUUCAGGAGCGCCAACUACUCCCGCGCCAUCGGAGAACACGACUGUAAUAUACUCGCCAGCGGCUGUCGCUCACCGUUCCGCAGGCUCCACUGAUCGGGGGCGGCAUCCCGAAGCGGCCGUGCUCGCCUGCGCGCGUUUAAGUGUUCCUAUUUAAUGUUGUAAUAUUUAAAGCGGUCGUUUUAUUUUUUUGCGUGGCGUGUGUUUGUCGUGCGUGGCAAUGCCGGGGGGGCGCAUUUGCCCCGGCCCCUCCGCCCGCGACGCCCUUCCUCCCGUGCUGUGGUUGUUGAGCGGUGGUUACGGCAGCGAUCGAUCGGCGGCAGGCGCGUUCGCGCGCGCGCAGGGUUCAAUAAAACGAGAGGGGUGCCGGCGA